UGCUUUAUUCCUGCAAUGGAAGGGACUAAUAACGCACGAUACCAGGUUUGUUCAGUGCAGUGAGAAAUAAAUGACCGCCAUUUAGGUGUUUUGCGUUACCCAAUUUCCAUAUUUUAAACCUUCGAUGAAGAGGUGGCAGGCAGUUGAAGGUUUUCGGAGUUGAUUUCCACGGGCUACAAUUUACCUGUCCAGUUGGAGUCUCCAUCUUCCAGUCACUAUCUCACAUGACGUCACAUAACCGGAGAGAAGAGAAGACGACGCUCGUUGACAGCUUGUUAAGUAAACCAGAGGGGAUAAGCUUUCUGUAGCGCAGGAGAGGAAGGGAUAAGAGAGAAGUGCAGAGAAAAGAGGGAAAAAGGGUGGGUGUUUGAAAUUGGAAUAGUAAUAGAAGCAGGAUGAGAAUGUGGGGUGUUGUGAGGUACGCAGCAGCAAUUGUGGUGUUGCUGACCACUGUGAGUGUGAGUGUGGAGGGAUCCAUACAUACGUAUAAUAGAGCAAAGUUCAUCCCCAAUGGAAAUGCUUUUUUGAUUCAUGGAGGUAGUGAGGGUCUCCGUGCUUCAUCUGUUCCCGGAUCUGAGAAUUCUUUCAUCAGGUUUGAUAAUAUCAGAUUUCAUAGAAGGGAAAGUGCAAAUGGUACUGGGUAUGUGCAGGCUCUCAUCUUUGAGACAGCUCAGCGAGAUAAAAUUGGUGGCUCAGCAUAUGGUGGUCAAAAGGCAAUAUGCUGCACUCCAGAUCUUGCAAAGCUAGAAGGGUGCAAAGAGGGUGAAGUCAUUCGCCGUCCUUCUGAAGAGGAUUCCAAAUGGCCUUACGUGAAAGGUGUUCACUUCCAGGAAUAUGAGAGUGAGGCUACUCUAGAAACAGUAACUGUGCCAAUCACCAAGACAGGAAUGUAUAACUUGUAUUUUAUAUCUUGUGAACCAAAACUUGAGGGGCUGAUAAUGACCGGAAAAACAAUAUGGAAAAAUCCCACAGGUUAUUUACCAGGGAGGAUGGCACCCUUAAUGACUUUCUAUGGUUUCAUGUCGCUUGCAUAUGUUCUUCUUGGGCUUGUUUGGUUUUUUCAGUAUGCCAGAUUUUGGAGAGAGAUUCUCCAGCUUCAGAACUGUAUUACAUUUAUCAUUGCUUUGGGUAUGCUUGAAAUGGCACUGUGGUACUUUGAAUAUGCAAACUUUAAUGCAACUGGAGUUAGAUCCACAGGAAUUGCUGUUUGGGCUAUUACAUUUGGUGCUGUCAAGAGAACUAUAUCUCGAGUUACUAUUCUGGUUGUUUCAAUGGGAUUUGGUGUAGUAAGGCCUACACUAGGAGGUAUUACUUCAAAGGUAGCCCUUCUUGGAGCAACAUUUUUCAUGGCAUCUGAGUUACUUGACCUUGUGGAGAAUGUUGGAUCUAUCAAUGAUAUGCCAGGAAAAGCCAGAUUGUUUCUUGUCCUUCCAGUUGCAAUUUUGGAUGCUUUCUUCAUUAUCUGGAUUUUCACUUCCUUGUCUAAAACAUUGGAGAAACUUCAGGCAAGAAGGUUGCUGGUUAAGCUUGAUAUCUACAGGAAAUUCACCAAUGCAUUAGCAGUGGCUGUAAUUGUUUCUGUAGCAUGGAUUGGAUAUGAGUUGUAUUUCAAGGCAACUGAUCCAUUCAGUGAACGCUGGCAAAAUGCUUGGAUCGUAGGAGCAUUUUGGCAUAUUAUUUCAUUUGCUUUGCUUUGUGUCAUAUGUGCACUUUGGGCUCCAUCUCAAAAUUCCACUAGGUAUGCUUACUCGGACGACAUUGGAGAAGAGUUUGGGGAAGAAGUGACUGUGUCUCUCACAAAGCCAAUAACAAUGGCUGAUAGUGAUAUAAACAAUUCCAAGCUAGAGAAGGAGAAGAAAGAAGUGAGCACAGAUGUUUUCAGCUUGAACGAUGAUACGGAAGACAAGAGGGAAUAGAUCACCUGUAUACCAACCCCCAAAGUACAAGAAAAUUUCUCUAGACAAGGCAUUUCAUGCAAUUGAAGUUCUAAUAUACUAACAUCAUGUUGUAGCAGGCCUUGACAGAUCCGCUUGCUGUCAUAUCGAGCUAGUUGUCACUGAGUGAAGAUAUUCUAUUUCAGCUAUUAGUUUACAAUUUACAAAUAAAUUUCUGAAGUGAACUUUGUUAACCCUAGACACGUGCCUACAAAGUUACAUUUAAGAGUUAAUUAAUUCAUUGUAACAAAUCAUUAAUUGGACUUUAUUUUGUACUUAAUGUCAUAGAUUUCUAUUUAGGGGUAGCUGACUUGUUGGCCAAAAGAGAGAUGAUGGGAGAACCCAGGAGGCUGGGAUGGGGGGGGGUGUGUUAAAAGCUUCAACAUUCUAUUUGGUUUAUUCAGAAUAAUACACUCAAAAAAGGGUUAAACAUAUGACAAUUUGAUAAUUUUCCAGUAUGGAUUGUUUGUUGCAAUGUGCACAUAUCUUGGCUUAAAUGGUCUGUAAAUGCAAGUUUUUCAAUUUCUUCUCUGCACUAGAGGAUGACAUUGUAUUUUGCAUAUUACAGUAAACUAUGAAGGGAAGAGCAAGCCAAGAAAUUUUAAAGGAUUUGGAUAGGAUGGCUGUAGGAGAUUUAAACUAGUUUGCGACUUCAAGAAUAAGAUUCUGAAUGAAGAUAUACACCAGAAUUUUACUGUAGAGAAGAUGUACUGUGGUGUAUCAGAUGUUUCUAAAAUGCUAUUUGGUAUUCAAAUUUCAAUCCAACCAGUGAUUUUUUGCCUGGGAUAUCUUCAAUGAUGCUACAAUGUUCAUCUUAGUGAUUACAUACUGCUAAUGAAAAGGUGAUUUGAUGA